AUGGCGAGUGAGAUGUCGUGGAAAAUGAAGGACAUAUUGACCAAACCGGACAAACACACUGGACCGACCGGAUUCGUGAAAGUAUGAUUAAUAAUGAACUGGUGAAAAUUCUCUCACGAAUCUAUCGCAGAUAAUAUAUAUAUAUAUGGAAAUACGAAUGUCAAAUUCGUUUUACGGUUCAAAUGAAAUUCAAAGCUAGAGAAACUUUUGUUUUUAGCUGUAUCGACCUGUACAAGAUGUAGCUUUAAAACAAACAUUUUCAACUCUAUACGAUAUUAUAAUUUAUUUAUUUUUUUUUUUUUUUUACUUUUGAAUAAAAAUUGGUAACUUCGAUUUGAAUUUUUAACUAUUUUUAUAUUCUUGUAUAAACGGAUUUAAUAGCCAUUGUUGAAAACUAUUACCGCAAAACUAAAUUGUUCUAUUCCCUCUAUAGUUUCCUCAAUCUCGGUCCUAGCAGAAGCUGUAUACGAAGUAAUUGCGUCGUUUAUUAAAUCAUUAAUAUUGAUACUUGUCAAUAAGGAACGUUCUUACGAACCGUCGGACGACAAUUUGAAUACCGCAGAAUUAAUACACUUCGACACGUUGGAAACACAUUCGAAGAUGACUAAUAAAAAUUAUCCCGAAGAAUCUUAUGUAAGUUAAAAUACGUUUUACAAUGUUACGCGUGGCAGUGUCGGACUACCGGAUGAUAAUAAAACGGACCGGAAAAUAAUUAUACGCCGCCGGUCCCGAAAGAUAAUAAGUGUUAUGCGUUUUCUAAAAUAUUACAGGACAUUGAACGACUAUUAACGCCAUUUUUAAUCUUGACGUGAUUAGGUGACCACUUAAAUAUUUCACUGAACCGCGCGGCGUUCUUCAGCGGAGACGAAAAUAUGCGUACCGUCGUCGACGUAUUGUUGGCCGACCUCGUAAACGAUAUGCCACCGAUAAUUAUGCCCCUGUCCAAAUUUCAAGUCUCUAUGAAUAUUUUUAACUGA